GGAACCGGCUCUGGCAUGAUGUGGCAUCUGCUACAAACUGGCCUCAACGAUUCCAAUCUCCUCGCUUUUAAUACAUUGUUCAUUAGCCGUCAGUUGGGUGUUCCUCCCUCCUCCAAUUCCAUUCGCGGGCGACCUGCAGACGAAGCAGAAGCUAUUCGACUUGGAUAUUUCUCCGCAAUGGCCGCAAUCUUAGCUCGCAAAUCUCUUCAGGCUCUUCGCGCUCGACAGCUUGCUGUUCCUGGACAAGCAUUGCUGGGUUUGCACAACUAUAGGAUGCGGUUCAGUUCUCACCCAUACAGCACCAGAAAAGAGGAUGAAGAAAGAGAGGAGCUUGCAAAGGAGAUGUCAAAGGACUGGAGUUCUGUUUUUGAAAGAAGCAUAAACACAUUAUUUCUCACUGAAAUGGUUCGGGGUCUGAUGCUGACACUCAAAUACUUCUUUGAUAAAAAAGUUACUAUCAAUUAUCCAUUUGAGAAGGGCCCUUUGAGCCCUCGUUUUCGUGGUGAACAUGCCCUUCGUCGAUACCCAACUGGAGAGGAACGUUGCAUUGCAUGCAAACUCUGUGAGGCAAUAUGUCCUGCACAAGCAAUCACCAUUGAAGCGGAGGAACGAGAAGAUGGUAGCCGUAGGACUACUAGGUAUGAUAUUGACAUGACAAAGUGUAUCUAUUGUGGAUUCUGCCAAGAGGCGUGCCCUGUAGAUGCCAUUGUUGAAGGACCCAACUUUGAGUUUGCAACGGAAACUCACGAGGAACUUCUGUAUGACAAAGAGAAGCUGCUUGAGAAUGGGGACCGUUGGGAAACUGAGAUUGCGGAGAACCUUAGGUCUGAAAGCCUCUAUCGCUGAAUGUUCCAUCCGAUGUUUUCUCCCUGGCUGGUGCAUCAUCUUUACUUUUAAACGAAGUGAACAAUAAAUAGACCUCUAUACAUGGGUCUUGAAUUUAAUGUCUAAUAUCCUUGGUUUGCAUUCUUCUCUUUGGUUAAAUACAUUCUAAUGCAAGGGAUUAAAGGUUUUUUUUGGAGCGGAAAUGAUAAAGAGGAUAGGCCAAGGAUUGGCGUCCUUGAUAUGAA